AGUUCACAGUAAGAAGAAAGACGGAGUUCAUUGAGCCUCCAGUUGAGUCAUUUUCGAUUAAUUUCUGAUCUAUUUCAAUGAUAACAAGUCAAUAGUGGUCCUGAUAAAUCAGUCUCAAAUCUGUGAUUGUUUGAGAUUCCGUGACAUUGAAAGGACAUUGAAUCUACAAAAUUAUUGAUUGCUCAAAUGUAGCUUGACCAAAUCAUCAGGAAUUUGGAAUUAAAUAAUUUAUCAAACUUUGAUCGUGUUUCAAAUAAAUUUUUUAAUCAAGUGCGCGAAGUGAUUGAUUUUUCGAACAUUGUAGAUUUUACUAAACCAAUUUACGUUCGUCUAAUUUUUUCAAGUGAAUGUAAAUUUUAAAAUUUUAUAAAUUGAACUAAUCUAUUUUCGUGUGUCAAAUUUUUUAUUUUUGGGAAGGAUUCGUAAAAUUUCUGUUCGAUUUGUAAGAAAAUUAAGUCGUGAAAAAUGUCCAAUAAAGGAAAAUAUAUUUUACCAAAAAUUACCGAAAUUGAAGAAUCGCCGAUUCGAUCUUCGAAAGGCUUGAGGUCUAUUGUUUCUCCGAUGACAAACAUAGUGCGUGCUUUGAACAACUCUUCCCUUUCCUCUCAAGAUUCCCCAAGAAAUGUGCAGAUAUGCCACCUGGAGAUGGUCCAUAGAGAAGAGGAUUUAAAGCAGAAGAUGUUCAACGACAGAGAUGAAGCUUCGGACAAUACUGUGCUCUUCAAAAAUGCCUUCAAAAUCAAAAGCACGCCAGAAGGCACACUGAAGUCGAGUGCAAAAUCUCGCCGACUGCUGGGCAUGGCGUCUCGAUCACGUCGCCUUUCGAGUCCAGAAACCGACUUGCCUUUUAUCGAUAAAGAGAAUGGCAGCGCCAUCCUUAGUCCACUGAGCGAAGGCUCCAGCCCACAGAAGUUAAACGGAGCGAAACUUUCAAAGUCCCGUUGUCCCCUAGAGGACUUUGACCCCAAUAGUCAAGACAGCGGCUACGGGUUUACUGACCGGGAUGAAAAGUGCAGCGAUGUCUUCCAGUUCGCGGAACCUUUGGGAGUCGCUCCAAGGCGUAUGUCCGUCGAGUGUCGAAGCCCGAUGCAAUCGCCUGUGCGAUCCUCGCCUAAUCGAAAACGAUGUGCCAGGCCUUCUCUCUUCCGUAGUCUGUCCUCUGGUUACGAGAGUACCGACGACGGCUUCAACGAUUUCACCGAUCUCGAUUCCCUCGACGAGACAACUCAACUCCCGAAUGGAAUCUCGAACCUCCUGUCCGGCCACAUUGUCUCCUCCGAAAGGCCGAUGGAAACCGACGGGGCGACAACUCCAGAAUUCGCACGCACCAAAUCCUCCUCCGUCUUCAGAAGGUCCCUCUCACUGCAGAACGAGAGGCACGAAAAGACACCCACUCUCUCCAAGGUCCGAUCCUGUCUCUUCCGUUCUCCAAACGCGAACUCCUCCGUUUCGAAGCUCUCCUUCGAUGACAAUCCUCGAGGAUUCCUGUCGCCGGAGUUGAAUGAAGGACUGGGGCAACUCAGGUGCUUCAAAAGGCCACAAUCUCCAAUCGAGUCCAGUCCCGCACUAGUCAAAAAAUGCAGGAAGUCGACGAGCUUUCAGGAUAUUCCUGAUGCCACGAGUCCGAAGAAGCCCAGCUUCCAGAGGAGCUUUUCGGAGACGGAAGCUCACGCGCAUAUCAAGUCGGCAAUCCACAGAAGCACCACGGACUCGGAUCUCACCGGUGAUUUCAGCAAGACCUGUGUUCUGCCUCUUGCGGUCGGACAACACGAGGAUCUCAAAUCGAUUUCCGCUCAAACCCUGGCUGGUCUCAUCCGAGGCGAGUUUACCGAGACGAUCAGCGAUUAUAAGAUCGUUGAUUGUCGAUAUCCGUACGAAUACGAGGCAGGACACAUUGAGGGGGCCUUGAAUCUCUACUCGAAGGAACUCAUAGAGCAGUGUCUUCUCGCCCCUCUCAAGCAUAAACCGGAAAUUGAGCCAGACAGCCACAAAAGAAGUAUCAUUGUCUUCCACUGUGAAUUCUCCUGGGAGCGAGGUCCAAAUCUUUCUCGUUUUCUCCGCAAUAUCGACAGACAGAGGAAUAAAGAGCACUAUCCAGCUCUCCAUUACCCUGAACUUUACCUUCUCCAUGGUGGCUAUCAAAAGUUCUACAUUGAGCAGAAGGAGCUUUGUUUGCCCCAGGGCUAUAGGCCGAUGAGAGAUCCGAAUCAUGAAGCUGAUCUGAGACAGUUUCGAAGCAAGAGCAAAAGCUGGCAAGGUGAGAAGUCGAGAAUCAAUGGAUCUACGGCGAGGGCGAAUCUCAAGCGUUUAGGUUUGUAAGUUGUUGAAAUUGAAAACUGGGAUAUUGUGAAUUGUUCUUUUUUCUUUACACCGAAUUGUUCAUCUUUAGCAUUCUUUUUUGUCCCGGUCUCGAGUUUCAUGCUUGUAACUUUUCACUGCUAAGCACGACAAUGUUGUCGAUUGCGAUUGCCUUUGGCCCGCGAAUUUUCACAUUGGAAAAAAUAUUCUCAAGUGUUAUUUUGAUAAUUUUAUCUUAAAAUAAUGACGAAAUGACGAUAUUGUUAAAAUAAUGGUUGAGAAGUGUGUAAAUUUGAAUGGUCGCUGGAAAAAGGUACUUUUGUUUUUAGUUUUAAUGCGUUAAAGCUACCAGUGCAAGAUUAAUAGAAAGAGGGUUCCUCUCCAAUGGAAGAGCCUGCCGCGUACUCUACCGGCGUUGUAAAUAACCUUAUAGAUUAUGAUUUAGCCUAAAACACGUCUAGUACAAGGAAAUGUAAAGCGCUUAUUACGAGAGAGUGUGUAAGAGAGCGAGAACAUUUAGAUUAGAGAAGUAUUAUGUUUGUGGAGAUUUUGAAGGGAAAGUUGAGGAUGCAAUAAUAGUCACAGUAGGAUUUUAGAAUCGCAUCAGGGUCGAUCUGUGUCAGAUAUAUUUUAAUGUUUCCUUUAAUUUGGGCGGACAUCCCACUGUACAGACACGACACGAGAACCUGACGUUGUUCUAAAGAAAAAAGAUGUGUCACUUGUCGCUUCUUUUUUUUUCGCGAGACGACAGUGGCGGGGUUUCGGUGCAAAAAUUUUAGCGAAAGAUAGUCAGUAUUUACUUCCUCACAAUCGGGAGUUUCGGUUUGACGCAGUCAAAAAAAAAAACACAAAGGCUGGUGUGUAAAAAAUUUAAUUGUCUUGUUACCGUGUAAACGGAAUUUGAAUUGUACUUUGAAAUUUGGUUUGAAGUCUCCAAGAUUUCAGGCAAACGGCAAAUUGAGUGAUUUCAUAAAUUCCGUUUGCGUGAGUAGGAAGAGCUGACGAUUUAUAAAGAGUAAUUUAUAAUAGACAUGUAAUAAUUUAUCAAAACUUUAUAUAAUUUAUAAAAAUUUAUAUAAUUUAUAAAAAUUUAUUUUAGAGCUAUGAAGUCUGCGUGGAACUGAGAUUGUCUCGAUGUGUGCGAUAAGCGUGUGUAUUUUCCCUCUCGAUGGACGUGUAUAAAUGUAAGAGUCAAAUGUUUAUUGAGAGAAACAUCGUGAGUGUAGCCAAAUGUGCAAAGUUUUUAGAAUUUAUAUUGUACAAAUUAUCGUAUGUUAUGUGAAUCAUAAUCUAUAAUAUAAUUUCUCAUGCAAAACAUA